GGCCCGGGGAGGGGGCGGGGGGCCCGGCCCGGCCCGGCCUCGGCCCCCCGCGGCCCCGCCAUGGGCGUAGACUUCGACGUGAAGACCUUCUGCCACAACCUGCGGGCCACCAAGCCGCCCUACGAGUGCCCGGUGGGCACCUGCCGCAAGAUCUACAAGAGCUACAGCGGGAUCGAGUACCACCUGUACCACUAUGACCACGACAACCCGCCCCUGCCCCAGCACACCCCCCUGCGCAAGCACAAGAAGAAGGGGCGCCAGGCCCGCGCCGCCAACAAGCAGUCGCCCAGCCCCUCCGAGACCUCCCAGUCGCCCGGCCGGGAGGUGAUGACCUACGCCCAGGCCCAGCGCAUGGUCGAGGUGGACCUGCACGGCCGCGUCCACCGCAUCAGCAUCUUCGAUAAUCUCGACGUGGUGUCCGAGGAUGAGGAUGUUCCCGAAGAGGUGCCCGAGAAUGGGAGCAAUAAGGAGAACACGGAGACGCAGAGCGUCCCGCCCAAAUCUGGGAAGCACAAGAACAAGGAGAAGCGCAAGGACUCCAACCACCAUCACCACAACGCCUCGGCCAGCACUACCCCCAAGCUGCCCGAGGUGGUGUACCGAGAGCUGGAGCAGGACACUCCUGAUGCCCCGCCUCGUCCCACCUCGUACUACAGGUACAUUGAGAAGUCGGCAGAGGAGCUGGAUGAGGAGGUGGAGUAUGACAUGGAUGAGGAGGAUUACAUCUGGCUGGACAUCAUGAACGAGAGGCGGAAGAACGAAGGUGUGAGUCCUAUUCCCCAGGAGAUCUUUGAGUACCUGAUGGACCGGCUAGAGAAGGAGUCCUACUUCGAGAGCCACAACAAGGGGGACCCAAACGCCUUGGUGGAUGAAGAUGCCGUCUGCUGCAUCUGCAACGACGGGGAGUGUCAGAACAGCAACGUCAUCCUCUUCUGCGACAUGUGCAACCUGGCUGUGCACCAGGAGUGCUAUGGGGUGCCCUACAUCCCCGAGGGACAGUGGCUCUGCAGACGGUGCCUGCAGUCACCCUCGCGCGCUGUGGACUGCGCCCUCUGCCCAAACAAGGGGGGGGCCUUCAAGCAGACGGACGAUGGGCGCUGGGCACAUGUGGUCUGUGCCCUCUGGAUCCCCGAGGUGUGCUUUGCCAACACCGUCUUCCUGGAGCCCAUCGACAGCAUCGAGCACAUCCCGCCCGCACGCUGGAAGCUGACCUGUUACAUUUGCAAGCAGCGUGGCUCUGGGGCUUGCAUCCAGUGUCACAAAGCCAAUUGCUACACUGCCUUCCACGUCACCUGUGCCCAGCAGGCCGGGCUGUACAUGAAGAUGGAGCCCGUCAGGGAGACGGGUGCCAACGGUACCUCCUUCAGCGUGCGCAAAACCGCCUACUGCGACAUCCACACACCGCCAGGUUCCGUGCGCAGGCUUCCUGCCCUCUCCCACAGUGAGGGGGAAGAGGAGGAUGAGGAGGAAGAGGAGGAGGGGAAGGGCUGGAGUUCUGAGAAAGUCAAGAAAGCAAAGGCCAAGUCUAGGAUCAAGAUGAAGAAGGCGCGGAAGAUCUUGGCGGAGAAACGAGCUGCAGCACCUGUGGUUUCCGUGCCCUGCAUCCCUCCUCACAGGCUCAGUAAGAUUACAAACCGUUUAACCAUCCAGAGGAAGAGCCAGUUUAUGCAGAGGCUGCAUAGCUACUGGACUCUGAAGAGACAGUCCCGCAAUGGUGUCCCCCUGCUCCGCCGCCUGCAGACACACCUGCAGUCACAGAGAAACUGCGACCAGUGUUCAGAGAAUUGCCAGGCAGCGACGCCACUGGCAGCCUGCCACAAGAAGGGAAUCCUGCCCUCUCAAGCUGCCACACUGAAGAGAGACACUGAGGAUAAGAACUGGGCCCUGAAGGAACAGCUGAAGUCAUGGCAGCGCCUGCGCCAUGACCUUGAGCGUGCGCGCUUGCUGGUGGAGCUGAUACGCAAGCGGGAGAAACUCAAGAGAGAGACGAUCAAAGUGCAGCAGGUGGCACUGGAAAUGCAGCUGACCCCAUUCCUCAUCCUCCUCCGCAAGACGCUUGAGCAGCUGCAGGAGAAAGACACGGGCAACAUCUUCAGUGAGCCGGUCCCUCUGUCUGAGGUCCCAGACUACCUAGAUCACAUCAAGAAGCCAAUGGAUUUUCAGACAAUGAAACAAAAUCUAGAAGCCUAUCGCUAUCUGAAUUUCGAUGAUUUUGAGGAGGAUUUCAACCUGAUUAUUAACAACUGUUUGAAAUACAAUGCCAAAGACACAAUCUUCUACCGGGCAGCCAUCCGUCUGCGGGAGCAGGGAGGUGCCGUGCUCCGGCAGGCUCGCCGGCAGGCAGAGAAGAUGGGCAUUGACUUUGAGACAGGCAUGCACUUCCCCCACUGCGUAACAGUAGAAGAGGCUCAGAUCCAAGACAUUGAGGAUGAAGAUGUGCGGCUGCUGCUCUCAGAGAAUCAGAAGCACCUGCCGCUGGAGGAGCAGCUAAAGAUCCUGCUGGAGCGACUGGACGAGGUCAACGCUGGCAAGCAGAGCAUAGGACGGUCCCGCCGGGCCAAGAUGAUCAAGAAGGAGAUCACAGUCCUACGGCGGAAGCUCGCUCACCCGCGGGACCUGGGCCGGGAUGGGCUGGAGCGGCACAGCUCCUCUGCCAGGGGAGUCCUGCAGUCCCACAACCCCUGUGAGAAGGACCUGCAGACAGACAGUGCUGCAGAGGAGAGCAGCAGCCAGGAGACUGGCAAAGGUCUGGGUCCCAAUUCUUCUUCUACCCCAGCACAUGAAGUUGGCAGGAGGACCUCUGUGCUCUUCUCCAAGAAGAACCCUAAAACUGCAGGCCCUCCAAAACGUCCAGGACGCCCCCCAAAGAAUCGAGACAGCCAGAUCCCUCCUGGGCAUGGCAGCAGCCCCAUUGGGCCUCCCCAGCUACCAAUAAUGGGGUCCUCCCAGCGGCAGAGGAAGCGAGGGCGAAGCCCACGUCCCAGCUCCAGCUCAGACAGUGACAGUGACAAAUCCACGGAGGACGCUACCAUGGACCUGCCAGCCAACGGUUUCAGCAGUGGGAACCAGCCCGUGAAGAAGAGCUUCCUGGUGUAUCGCAAUGACUGCAAUCUUCCCCGGAGCAGCUCCGACUCGGAGUCCAGCAGCAGCAGCAGCAGCAGCGCUGCCUCAGACCGCACCAGCACAACACCCUCCAAGCAGGGCAGAGGGAAACCAUCCUUCUCUCGAGUGAACUUCCCAGAAGACAGCAGUGAGGACACAUCAGGGACAGAGAACGAGUCCUACUCCGUGGGCACGGGACGAGGUGUGGGGCAUGGCAUGGUGCGUAAGGGAAUGGGGCGUGGUGCAGGGUGGCUCUCUGAGGAUGAGGAUUCUUCCCUGGAUGCCCUGGACCUGGUGUGGGCCAAGUGCAGGGGUUACCCCUCCUACCCUGCGUUGAUCAUUGACCCCAAGAUGCCGCGGGAAGGCAUGUUCCACCAUGGGGUCCCCAUCCCCGUGCCCCCCUUGGAGGUGCUGAAGCUGGGGGAGCAGAUGACUCAGGAAGCACGCGAGCACCUCUACCUUGUUCUCUUCUUUGACAACAAGCGCACUUGGCAGUGGUUGCCCCGGACGAAGCUGGUGCCUCUGGGGGUGAACCAGGACCUGGACAAAGAGAAGAUGCUGGAGGGCCGCAAGUCCAACAUCCGCAAGUCGGUGCAGAUCGCCUACCACCGCGCCAUGCAGCACCGCAACAAGGUGCAGGGCGAGCAGAGCAGCGACUCCAGCGAGAGCGACUGAGCCGCUGCCGCCGGCCGCUCCCCCGCCGAAUCUCAGGGCAAACGGGGCUCGGUGACCCCCACGCCGUGCAGCUGGCCUGCACCCACGGGGGGCCGGGGGACCGGGAGGGGUGGGGCCGAUCCGUCGUGGCCCCCCCCUACUCUCCCAUUCCCGGUGCCCACUCCCCCCAGCCCGCCGCUCCCCGGGAUGCUGUUCUGGCCGCCGCCGUGCUCC